AUGGAAAACUUUAAUUCAUUAAAAUUAAGCUACAAUGAAUAUGAAACCUUACCUAGAUUUUACGAAACAAAUAACACUCUGAGUGAAGAUACAAAUGAUGAAUCUGAUAAUUCUGAUAAGAGGAAAAAUUUAAAUGACGAUUUAAAUAAAGACGAAAAUAAUAAGAUAGAAAAAUAUAUUAAGUUAAAAAAUACUAUGAAAAUAUGGGCAGGAACAAAUAAAAUAAUUACGUAUGAAAAAAAAAAUGUGUUAGAAUUAAAUAAGAUAAUUUAUAAUUAUAAUAAUAAGGAAAUUAACGUUUCUAGUAAUUCAAAAGUUCUAAAUAUAAAUAAUAAUAACCUAGAGGAUUUAUGUUUUAUGAAUGAUCUAUUGAGAUAUAUAUAUCAGCAAAAAAAUAUUGAGCUAACUAUUAGUUAUUCAAAUAUUAUUUCUUUAGAUAUUUCCUUUAAUAAUUUAGUCACAAUAGAUGAUAGUUUAUUGGUAUUAAAUAAUUUAAAAACAUUAUAUAUCCAUUCAAAUAAAAUUGAGAAUAUAGGAGAAAUUCAAAAACUUGAAUCAUUAUCUAAAUUAAAAAAUCUUACUUUAGAAAAUAAUCCUAUCAUGGAAUUAUAUAAUAAAUUUUAUCGACCAUUUGUAAUUCAUUACUUACCUCAUAUAAAAUCUUUGGAUUUUCAUGAUGUUACUAAAAUAGAGAAAAAUAAAUCAGAUAUAACAUUUAACACUCAUAAGUAUAAAUUUAACUUACAAUGA